AUGCGGCCGACCUCCUGGCUCCUCAGCUCCGUGCACCUCCUGCAGGUGGGCCUUGCCGCCUUCGUCCUGAUCGCCACGGCGGUCCACCUCCAGGGCAUUACCUGGGAGAGCGUGGACUCUGACCUCAUUAACACGGUACAGAAUGCGCAGUGCUUGCUAGGCAAGGACGCCAACUCCUCCACCCUCUGCACCUACACCUACAUCGUCGCGGGCGCCUCCAUGGGCGCCAGCAUCCUCCUGAGCAUCCUCUUGUGCAUCACCUGCGACUGCUGUGGCCGCGGCUGCGCCGGCCUGCUGGACGCCAUCCUGGGCGGGGUGGGUGCUGCCUGGUGGGCGAUCGCCGCCGCCGUGCUGACCAGGUAUGGAGUCCCUGCCAACCAGGACGGCUGGCCACAAGAGAACUGGCGCAUCGCCGUCUUUGUUUCCUCCUGGGUCAUGGCCGGCCUCUUUGGCCUGGGCGUCCUGCUGUCCAUCUUCAAGUGCUGCGGGCCACGUGAGGAGAAGGUGGAGGGCGCCGGCCGCUCCUUCAAGCGCAUGAAGGAGGAGGAGGCGGCACGCACGGCCCAGCUGGCGGCCCAGAGGUCCCGCUAUGGCCAGUUCCAGACCAACCCCCGUCCCUACAGCUCCGCCGUGUGA